GUUACAUUGUUAAUCCUCCUAAGUGAUGUUAAAUUUCAGAAUUAUUUUUCUAUGAUGGGUAGCAACGAUGAGGCCAACCCAAUCCCGACUCCAAUGGACAUUGAAGGUGAGGAGGUCGAUCCAACGGUGAUGGCAAUCGAUCUACAUUUAAUUGAGUCCGAGAAACUCGUCAAGGAAACAUGUCAGGAGAGCAAAAAUGCGCGUCAGGCAAAUGUACUGGGGAGAGACAGGGGGAACCCAAGUAGGGGAAUAGUCGCUGAUGAGGUGUGGGCAAAGGAUAUUCAGCCAAAGGACAACCUGUAUUUUAAAAACUUUAACCCCCCCAAGCAGCAUAACAACACUGUGAGCUUUUUUAAGGGUACCAUGCUGGGAUGUACUAAAGGUGGUCAGGAUAAUAAUGUCGAAAAUGUCUCGUCCCUAGCAAUAAGUGUGGCUCCAUACCAACGAGUUAGUGAAUUCCUUAUCAAAAAUGUUAUAUUAUAUAAAAAGCGAGCUUGGACUAAACCCCCAACCUGCGCCACACCUAUUGCUCCCUCUAGUGCCCCCAAACUAUGUCUUGUUAAAACAGAGGACGUGGGUAUCAUGACGGUAAAAGAAAUUGUUAAAAAACCUAAUGAGAGUGCGCCGAGUUUCUAUGGAGAUCACAGAGCCGGUUAUGCUCUGAGGGUUGCCGAUUUUAACUGCAAUGAUAGCUUCACAUGCACUUUCGACAUCAUGCGCAGAUGUACUGUUUGCCCCGUAGAGCACGACGCUUUUCCCAAGGAAGAGGUCGGAACUCUUCUUGUCGGCGACGCGUACAUGCCUGUAAUGAUGAUGGGUGGGGGUAAAUGCGUUCCUACAUUCCGGUUGCAUAACGCGACCUUCAGAGAGAUCGCGCACAAACUGAGAUUCCUGCUUAAAUCGCGUAAAAAAAAUGAUGAACAAUACAUUGGCUCUCCGCGUUUAAUUAUAAUUUCACUCCCAGCUUAUCUGAAGACUGUUGGAGCCGCUGUCUAUUUACAAGAAUUUAAACUCUUCAAGGCAUGGGCAACCCUAUUUCUAUCAACCAGGGAAGAUAUCCACCCCACAGACCAUCGUAUCCAUAAGCCUUGCUCGUCAGCUAUCAGAGUCUUUGAAGGUUUCUCACUAUUUCAGGAAAAUGACAACGGACUUGCCGAGUCAUUCUCUGUUAUUGCAAGGUCAAAUGAAAUCCUAGCAGCCGUCGACCCAACUCAAAGUCCGGGGUUUUUUUACAAAGCAAUGUCCAACACAAUGUCAAAGUUUUGCAUAAACCCCCCCCCUAAGAUGGAACCCACUGGUUAUGUAGCCAUUAGCCCUGUCACUAGAGACUUUGAAGUAUAUGAGCACAGGACUAGAUUCCCUGGUCUGCCUAGUUCCCGGUUUGCAAAUGGGAUAGUAGAUUCCAGCGUUUCAACCUAUCUUUCUCAACAGCUGAUUUAUCUGAUUCAUGAUUGGUACUCCAAGAAUGGUCUAGAAAAUUUUUUAGAUACCCUCCCAAGAUCCGAUGAGUUGGGAAACUUUGAAGCCUUUAAUGAGCUCCCUCACCAGGUGAACAUGAAUAAGAAUAAACGUGUUUUCAUUGUGGGAAAUAGCAACUUUUAAUUUCUUUCGUCAGAACUCAAAUCCUCUCUAGAAGAAGAAAUUAUUUAUGUCAAAUACAGUUUCAAUAUCCUUGCAACUGUUGACGAGAUUGAGUCUUUUUUGGACAACCUUGAGUGUGGGAGUAACGACAUUAUUAUCCUUGAUAGGAUGGGAAAUUCUUUAAUCCAGGGCAUGUUAACCCCAAAAUAUAAGCGUCACCAACCCUCUGGAGAACCAGCAGGAUUUGCUCAGGUCGGGGCCGGGAAAACUAAGGUAUUCCAUGCCCUAAAUGUUGCACCCUAUGACCCUGAAUACUUCGAUAAUUUCGGUAGUUUUGUGGACAAGAUUGUGAGAGCAAUUAAAAAACAAGGGAUGAAACUAGUUUUUAUCACACCAUUGCCUCGAUACAUUAGGUCUUGCUGUAGCAACGCGAGUCACUUCUAUGCGGGAUACUCUGGAAAUGAGUUUAAUGCUGAAGUGAUCCGCCUUGGGACUUUUAUCUCUAGACUACCAUCACUUAAAGGGUCCUUUGUCCUUACCCCUGAGGAUAUUUGUCACAGAGAUAGUUGGGUUUGCCGGGACGAAAUGAUAUGUGACGACCUUGUCCAUCUUACCCCUCAUGCUAUAACCCUUGUUCGGGAUUUAGUUCAGCGCUGUAUACAUUUUUUAAGGGGAGAUCCUGAAACGCCCGUACCCUCUCUUGGCGGCUAUGUCCCUGAAGGUUCACUUUUCUCUAAGUGGGUGGAGGAGUUCAGACCGAAUUGUGGAUAUGAUGACCUUGUAUCCACAGGGAGAUCGAAGCGCUCCCUGCCUGCUCACAAGCUGCAAAGACCAUCUAAAAGGUAGAAUGUCAGCUAACCUCGAGUAUUAUUUGUUCUGGACGUGCUUUAAAUUUUCUCAAGUUUCCUUGUCGAAUGGAGAAGCUCGAUUAUAUAGCAGCUCUCGAAAAAACCACAGCCAUAUAUGUCGAAUCCGAUCCUGAGAACAUGAAGACUUUUUCCUACUCCCAUAUACAUCAAUAUCCAAAAGGAGUUAACCUACCUAAAAGGGAUUUAAAACUAACCAAUAGACAUCAAUCCAGAACCAGAACCACACCAAGCUCCAACCAUCUUAUUUAUCUUUCGACUUCUAUAAAACAACCUGGCCUCAGUCACCCCAACAAUCAGCAAGUCUAACAUCGAUACUCACAAAACCAGCAUAUUCAUCAAGUAUAUCCUAUAUUACAUGGGAGCUACAAGAUAAGUGAAUAAACUUCUCCACCAGCAAUACACGGGACGCAACGUGAAGCAGACCGAGCCGGAGUAAGAGAGGACAUUAAAACUCUAUUUUUUCACUCUCAAGCUGACUACGGUUACGCCUGCAUACCAGUGAGAACCGGAAACCUUUCUAUCAUGGUCUUAGCGAGAUCCAGAGGAGAGGAAACCGACUACUUACACUCUACUUCAAACCAUUCCGGUAAACUUAGAAUUCCAACGGGAAAUUGUUUGGUUCUCAAUUUAUAUUUCGGUUGAACUUUUUCUAGGUACAAGCACUUCUUGUGAUGUGCAAAUUGAAACUCAGAAGAACCUGCUCAGAUAUUAAGCUUGGUCCAAUAAAACGGAAGUAAUAAUCCCAGAAAACUAAUGCAAUAUGUAGACAAAAAAGGUCUUUCUUAUUUACUCAAGUUAAAAUCUGCUCAAAUUCCGUCAAAAUCCUUGUUUAAUAAAAGCAAAAAAAAUUUGUUUUUUCACCCUCUGCUGCUAUGAUUUGUUUUAAAUUAAUAAUUAAUUUUAAUAAAUAUUAGUGCUAAACGAUGAAUAUCAUUGCUUAUAGUACCAAGGUAUAUGAACCUGGAACCCGUUGAGAUAUUUUGGAAGAACGAAGUUAUGUUUGAUCCUGGAGAUAUGUGUAUUGCUGUAUCCUGUACAUCUGAAUAACUUUAUACAUAUAUUAUUACCUUAUAUGUGUACCUGAGACUGUAUAAAACUCGCCUGUACAAUUGGAUCAAUCCCUACAUAACACGAUAUUAUAAAGAUACAACUACAUAUGAACCUGGAGAUACUACAAAAUAUCUGUACAAGAACUUGAGAACCGUUCACUUUGUAUCUUUAUCUUUUAAAGAGAUGACCUGGGCAGUAGAAGCCGGAGAUAUCUUAUAUAUAUGAACGCUGCAAUACAAAGUUUUUUUCAUAUUAGUUAGUUGUGAACCUAAGAUUGUAGAAAAUUUUCCUGUACAAUUGAAUCAAUUGGUACAUAUUAAUACAUUAUAAAGAUACAACUGCACAUGAACCUGGAGAUACUAUAAAAUAUCUGUAUGAAAACCUGUGUAAUAUACUAUAGUUUAUUGGGUACAUAUAUUAUCUCCCAAGUAACAUACUCACAUAUAAGAUUCCAUAGAAUAAAAACCGAAUAAUUCUACUAUCCCUGUGUAGGAGUUAACUGUCAAUCAGAGAGAUACGCAACCACAGCACAAGAUCAUGAAAGAAGCAAAGAUUUCUACAAAAGCUUACUUUCUUCGACUAUAUUUCGGAAAAAAAUUAUCGUUCAGCAUCGUCUUCAGUCUAUGGCUACGAAUGCAUCGUAAAGAAAGGUUUUUUAAACACAAUCAAGCGGAAAAAAAAAGUUAAGAAAACUUCCAUGCUUCAUUCUAAACUGUUUUAAACCGAUACGUUUCUCUUAAGCUCUCCAGGCACCUUUUACCAAAUGAACUUUCACCAAGAUAUAUGUUGGAAGUCUAAAAAUGGCGUUUUCACUUUGUAAUUAUCUAAUUAACAUAUUCUCGAACCCAAUUGCUAAUCGCUAUUUAAUACAGCACAAAAUAAGUGUAUCUGAU